CACCAACCCACCACUGCACAAACACCACUAUGACGUCCUCGGACUACACAACCGCAUCAGGCGGCGCCCUCAAACUAAAAGGCAGCUCAGGCAUCGAAAAGAAGAAGAAGAAGAAGAAGAAGAAAAAGAAGCCCGCUACGGACUCUGACCCCACACUCCCCGUCUCAGCCUCCACUGAAUCCAAACUCUCCUCCGAAUCCAACACCCCCAAAGAGCACACAUCUGCUUCUGCAACACCGCAACUGGUUUCCCCGAAAGAUUUUGAGAGAGAAUUGCGCGAAUCAGGAGGCAGGCAGAAAACGGAGGCCGAGAAGCGUCAUGAGGAGCGGAGGAGGAAGAUGUUAGAUGAAAGGCUGAAGAGGGAGGGCGUGAAAACACAUAAGGAGAGGGUGGAGGAGUUGAACCGGUAUUUGAGUGGGUUGAGUGAGCAUCAUGAUAUGCCCAAGAUUGGACCUGGCUAAGGUGCAAUGGGCUGAAGAUGCGGGGAUGGUGGAAUGGCAGGGUGCCAGGUCCUGGGGGUGGGUGAAUGAGAACAUGAAGGAAACAUGGGUGAGCAGGCGCAUAUGGCUUUCACAUUAGCAGGGAAUUUGGAGUCUAUUUGAGGAAUAAACCCUUGCAUUCUAGGUACUGUCCAAGGCUGGAUCUGCGAACGGUAUUUGCCCACUUAUCCUUGAAGUUUUAACAGGAUUACAAUCAUAAGUACAAUCA